AUGGGUUCCAGGCAACGGCCGCUGCAAACUUGUUGGAUUUCCCUCCUAGAAAUUUCUCGCAAAGCCUACACAACGGCGUCCAGAAACUACAAUGGCGGGGAUUUGGCGGUCAAUUUUGCAUCUCCAUCAGUAAUCUGCGCCUUGCAAUGUCAGUUUUUUGCAAUUCUGGCAUUUUUGGAUGACUGGAUUUUAAGGAUAGAAAGCUUGGCGGAAGCCAUUUUCCCGCCAUUGAAGCAUUUUUUUGACAGGAUCGAUGAGCUUGUUAAAGUUGCAGAGGCUCUCCCCGAGAAGCUUGAUGAUACGAUCAAAAAGUUUCCGGCUUUGGUUCACCAUGUUCCGUUUUUGGAUUGGGCAUUACUCCAUUUUAUUUCUUGGCUGAGAUUCUUGAUAACUGUGAUGACUAAUUGGGGUAUAAUGGAUGUGAAGGAGAAAGAGAUCAAUGUUACUGAUGUCAAUAAUCGUCGUAACGAUGGAUUGACUGACAUGAGGAGGAGGAAGAAGAAGAAGAAGACGAUGAAGAUGAAGAUGGAUGUUCAAAUCAGUACUAGUAAAGAAGGGUCGAAUCAUAAUGACCAGCCAUUGACUAGGGAGGAAGUAGUCGCUGGAAAGAAGUUGAUUAGCAACGAUCCUGACACGAUUGAAGGAAAGCCGGAAAUUGUCACUGAUCACCAUGCCGAUGUUCAGACAAUAAUGAUUGAUGGAUUGAUGGUCCAACAAGAACCCGAUCGUCUCACAAUCCUCGCAGGCAAUGAAGCGAUGAUUGUUCAUGACAAUGAUGAAAGGAACAAUUGUUCUCGAGGCGUCGAUGAAAAGUGCACUAGCAUUGAUCCAAAAAUAGUACAAGAAUCGAAAGAAACUACAUCAACAGGAAAUGAAGAGCUCAUGAAAAUUGUUCUUCGAGACAUUGAUGAUCAAACAUCCGAAGCAGACAGAAUGGCGAUCCUACAAGAGGUAGGUCAUCCAACAUUCCCGACAAGCAAUGAUCAAAAAGUUGUUACGGAUAUUGAUGAAAACAACGAUAAGGUGCAAAGAAUCAACAAGACGUUGACUAGCAAUUAUCCCAAAACAACUGAAGGAGCAGAGCAACAACAUAUAUUAACAAGCAAUGAACAUCUGGAAAUUACAGCUCAAGGCACCACUGGUCAAACAUUUACAUCAAAUGGAUUGACGAGCCAAAAUGCAUAUGAUAAUCAGGCAUUACAAACAAGCAAUGAUGUGACAUUAAUUCAAAAGAGUAAUGGGAACAACAAUGUUGUUGAGCACAUCGAUCAAAGGCCGACUAGUGACAACCUGAAAACACAUGAAGGAACAAUAGAAGAAUGUGGACUAACAGGCGGUGAAAAACAGGAGAUUGCAAUUCAAGAGAAUGAUGAUCUAACAUCUUCAUCAAAAGGCUUGAAAAUCGGACAAGAGGCGACUAAUCAUAAUUUGACAUUCUUGACUACUACUGAUCCGACAAUUCCUCAAGAAAAUGGCGAUGAGAUGCUUCCCUGUAACGAAUCAGAUUUUGGCCCAUCGAUUACAAGAAAUGGGCCGGCACUUGUUUCAGAGACCGACGAUACAACCAUGGAUUCAGAUUGCAGUCAGAUCAAGUUAGAUCGCGACAUUUGUGCACCUUUUCCAAAGGAACAUCUGACUAGUGUGGCAGGAAUUCCAGGAACUAGUUGGUCUAAUGUAGUAAAAGGAAGUUAUAAGGAUGUUCUUGAGAAGGGGAAAUACGAGAGCUUACAGGAAAGCUAUAAGCACAGAGGAUUGAGGCAAGACAAGUCGAGAAGACAAGGAAAAAAGGGAGGAAAGGGUACUCAAGAAGAGGGUAGGGAAGGGAAAGGGAGAAGGAAGGGGAAAAGAAAGAAGGUGGGUAACAAAGUUGAGUCAUUUUCUGACUAUUAG